AGGGGAAUGUGCGCAGCACUUUGGAAACAGGCACAGCCAACAUGCAGUCAACUACUGCAAAGUGCCAAACGCGGGACAGACUGGCUUCAGAAGACACCACUCCUCCUCUGUACGACACCAAACCUCCCCUGUCUUUGCGGCGCUUUCUCUCAUCCCAACCGAUAAUGUAAGACUCAGUUAGGAAGAUCUGUCAGAUGUUCACUCGAGCCAUCGCUUUUCACGUUCGCAGUUCCGUUCUCAACACUGUCAGACAGCUUACGGUCAGACUACAGCUGGUCAUCUGCGAGGAUACCUGGUGUGAGAUGCGGCAAUGUCCCGAGGAAUAUGCCCACGCGUCAACUCUUUUGACUCCGUCAGGAUUUUGGCGUUGGUAAUUUUUGCAGUGAAUGCAAUCGAGGCGGAUAAGCACAGCUGUUAUGAAGUGAGAGCCGCUUUCCAGCAGCGAUACAUCGGACCGCUUCACCUGGUGCCGGAGAAACCAUACAAAGAUGCUGAUCUGCAGAUAUGUAAGCACCAAGGUCCAUCUUGCUGCAACAAGAAGAUGGAGGAAUGCUACCAGGCUGCUGUGAAAAGAGAAACCCUCCAAAAAAUUGAGUCCUACACCUAUGAGCUGGGAAAUAUGCUGUCUAGUCAGUUGGAUGCCUUCCAGGACAUGUUUCAGUACCUCCUGUCAUUCUCUCAAGGUCACCUAAGUUCACUGUUGGAGGGAACCUACUCAUCCCUGUCCCGUCAGGCCUUGCCCCAUGUGAAUCAACUGUUUUCUUCUCUCUCCCUAUACCUACGUGGAGCCAACAUUUCCGUUGAGAUGACCAUUCACAAGUUUUUUAACAACAUCUUCCCUCUUGUGUAUACACGACUUAUAAAUCCAGGCAUUGGAGGGAGUGUGACAACAAGCAGCACAAUGGGUGACUGUCUGCGUAUGAUCAGACAGGAUGUGAAGCCUUUCGGGAAUUAUCCUGUCACCAUGGCUCAGGAACUGGCUGAGGUGUUGGAGGCUGGCAGGCAACUGAGUCUCGCCUUGGAUAAAGGACUGGAGGUCAUCAACGCAACAGAACAUGCCAACCUUAGUAGAGAUUGUGUAAAAGGUCUGGCAAAGAUGGUGUACUGCUCCCACUGCAGAGGCUUGACACUGAUCAAGCCCUGUGCCGGCUACUGCUUGAAUGUAAUGCGGGGCUGCUUAGCAAGUACGGCAGAGCUGGAUCAGCCUUGGAGGAUAUAUAUUAGCUCCUUGAAGAAACUAACUCUUGUGAUGGCUGGGCACCACAGCCUGGAGCUGGCCAUGCUGGGCGUCAGAGGGCAUGUUAACGAAGCAUUGCUCUAUGCACAGACCCAUGGUCCACUCAUUACUGCUACAGUGGACAAGGUGUGUGGCCUGUCUACACGGGAACCCCCAAGCAUGUGGUCUAUGAGACCAGAGGUCACAACCUCUUCCACAACCUUAACUUCACCUUCUCCAUCUGCCUCCUCCUCCUCCCAUAUUUUACCAGUAGAGAGGCUAGCAAAGUUUGCCCACUUACAAAGUCCAUUCCCUCUGAAGCCCUCCAAGGUCAAUAAUCCUAAUCUGAGAACACUCUCUAGGGAGUUCUUAGGGCAACUGCAGCGCUAUAAAUCCUUCUUCAAUACAUUGCCAGAGAUGCUGUGUGAAGGGGAGUAUAUAGUGGACGACUCCACCUGCUGGGGUGGUAAUGGUGUCGUAGAAAGCUAUAUCGGUAUAAUUGUCAGAAAUGGUCUGCAUGCCCAGAGGCAAAACCCAGAGGUCAAAGUUCGCAGCAUGGAUCCUACAAUUGCUGAGUUCAAGAAAAGGCUGGAGCACUUCAACCAGGAAACCCAGGAGAAGUUCCCAAAUCUUAAUGAAAUUGAGGUCUGGGAAGAACUAGGCAGUGGGGAAGAGCAAGGAAGCACCGCAGACUGUGAUGAUGAAGAUGGUUGCCAAAGCUCAGGAGAUGGUGACGAACAAAACUAUGAUAUCAAUGGGCAGACAUCCGAUGGAGGACAGCCUGAAGGUGACAACACUCAAGAAGGCCCCCCCAAGCCUCCUGCGGUGAAGGUGGUCGGUGGGUCACCACCUACAAGCUGGCAGCAACCGUGGUGCCUUGCUCUGCUUUUUGCUGAACUUUUUUUGAAGUGGUUGCUGAUCUGAUGACAGGACUAUCUAAAAAAAAAAAAUCCCUCCUCAUCCUUGCCCCUUCAGGAACUUACAUGACAUUCAUAUCAUAAACAUAUCACCAAUAUGUUCCUUACUCCCGUCAUCAUCCUGCACAGAUAGACGUCACUAAGGGUGACACAGAAAUGAAGAGUGGGUCAGUGUGUGGACAACAGUGUGGGAGCCUGUAAAUAGGUAAUGAGUGGGCAAAUGCAGGGUCUUGUCCCACAGGAUCUUUAUUGUGAAUGAUUAUAAAGAUUGACCUUGCGCUUUCCGCUAUACUGUUUGGUUAUAGAUGUUAUUAUAAAGGAGGGCUGCAGCUCUUGCUUCACUUGCACAGACCUAACCUUUGUUAUUCAGAAUGGGGUUGAAUCAUUCUUAAGAACGUUUACAACUGUAAACACUUAGCUACAAACAUAAAUCAAGUAACAUGUAGCAGAUGUCUUCUUUUUCUACCGCUGAUUUUACUUAUCAUCUAAGCUAUGAACCUUUUCACAGCACUGUACUAAUGCCUGUCCUGGUGGAAGAAUUUUGUUCUUUUAUAAAUGUAACUCAUUUUUUCUUAGGAAUUAGGGAAUGCAUGAAAAAUCGAUAGAUCCAUCCCAGGUGUCUGGCCCAAAACAGCAGAUUUGACAUGCUCUAAUGACUGUGUACCUUGCAGGGAUUAGAGUGUAAUGAGUUCACAGGUACAUCACAAGCUCCUUUGCACGGCUGAACAUAUUGUGCAGACAAACUAGGUGUGAAUACUGUAGCAAGCAAUUGUAUAUAGGUACAGAGGUUUGAGUUAAUGUAUGACAUGAGCUGAAUGGAAUGUUAAUUUGUUUUCUUUCAUGAAUGGGCUAUGCUUGUCAGCUCUACAAAAGUCAAAAUUGUUUCAAUGUCAAAAAUAAAAGGGAAAAUAUCCAUAAUUUACCACAUGAAGUAAUUAAAGAAUGGGGAGUUUUAAAAUUUUCAGCAAAGGUUACAUAAUGUUGGCUCUACUAAUAUUUAUUGUGCAUCCUGGUUUGUGUGUUUGCUUGAUGAAUUGCACAUUAUUGCACGUAUGAAAUGCAAAAAUUUUAAGACUGUCAUGUCCCUUUCUGGCAAAGCCUCAGUUUCAAAUACCGUGCCUUUUUUUUUUUUUUUUACCUUUCUCCUUUAAAAUUUCCAUUGCUGAAAUUAUAUUUCCUUUUUCUGCUCUUCUGCAAGCAGAUACUGUGGAAUCAGAAAACAAUGCAGUAUCUCUACAAUUUACAUGACCCCCUCCUCCUCUAUUUUCCCACAAAUUCCAACAAUUGAAAAUGUGUUUUGAUCAUACUUUGUAGAGGGGGGGGGGAACACAAAUUGUGUAAAGAUUGGAAUUUCUUUUAAUGCCUGUUUUCCUUUUAUACGGACAAAAUUGAUGCAUUGACUGGCACUGACACAGAGUAAUAAGGUUUAAAUCAAAUACUUACCUGCAGCGCAUAAGCGCAUACAUAUUAACAAUUUUAAAUUAGAUAUAAUUUAACCUAAUUAUUUAAUUUCACUUUGGGAUCAAUAAAAUAUUUUUAAGAUUAUGUUUCAGAUAAUGCCUUAAAAUACAUCCACAGGUGUGCCUCUGUUUCCUCAGAUGUCAUGAAUUAACUUUUUAGAAUCUUAGUACAUGCAAGCCUUUACAUUUCAGGUAAUGCAAAGUUUUGUGAAAAUAUUCCAGCAUUUAGCUAAUUAAAAUUAUUUUGCUCAUCAUAACUGACCUAGUUAGAGAGUGAAAAAAUGGUGUAUCAUUUUAUACAAUGUAUGUACAUUUCUAGUUCCAGCUGUAGCUAUCUGAGGUGGACUAGAAAUGGCAUCCUACCUGACAAUCCAAAACUGAAGUGUAUAUUUAUAACAUCUCUGCAUUUACAUAAUGAGGUCAAAUUGGAACAAAGUGAAAAUAAUUGGGACUCUCUAAGUUUUCAAAAGUUGAAUGUGUAACAUUUUGUGUGCUCUAACCACAAUAAGUUUUAUUUCAAAGCAGCAGUAAAUCCAUCUGUUUGUUCCUUGCUGUUUCAUGCAAUCACAUGUGUAUAAAUGUACAUAGUUUUCAUCCUUUGCUUUGUGUUUCCAGUUGUCAUUUUUGUAUCAUUAAGAUACAAUGUAGUUGAGCUCUAUUAAAAGUGCUCUGCUCUGUU